GACAGAGGCAAGGAGGGAGGGAGGAACUGUUUGCACACACAAGUACAGACGUUCAGACAGAUUUUGCAGUUCAGAUUCAGAUUUGAUCUGUGUUUCCUUGGUUUAUUUUCUCUACAGCAAGAUGGGUUUAAGCUUAAAUGAAGACUCCAGCUCUCCGGUCAUCAGAGACCUGAGGAUUGUCCUGCUGGGGAAGACCGGAUCAGGGAAGAGUGCAACAGGGAACACCAUCCUGGGACACCAACCUUUUCCCACAGGCAUGUCUCUGUCUUCUGUGACAAAGACAUGUAAAAAAGGGUUCUGCCACUUUGAUGAAAGAACUGUGAGUGUCGUCGACACCCCCGGGAUCUUUGACACGUCGACUGCGGAGGACGAGUUGAAAAGAGAAAUCGAGAGAUGCAUCAUGCUGUCUGUGCCAGGACCCCACGUAUUCCUGCUGGUGAUCAGACUGGAUGCACGGUUCACAGAGGAGGAGAAGAACGCCAUCAAGUGGAUCAAGGACAACUUUGGUGAGGAAGCCUCUAAGUACACGCUUGUGCUUUUCACGAGGGGAGAUGAGCUCGAGAAGUCAAUUGAGAGUUAUUUAGUACAAAACUCUGAAGUCACGGAGCUCAUCAGGUGCCGCACAGCUGGGUACGUCGUGUUUGACAAUAAACGCAUGGAAAAUCGCACCCAGGUGGCUGAUCUGUUUGAAAAGAUAGAUAAGAUAGUGCAGUCCAAUGGUGGCCAUUAUACCAGCAGCAUAUACCAAGAGGCCCAGAGGAAAAUGAAUUCAGAUGAAUGGUGGAGCAAAUGUGGAGACCAUUUGAACAAUGCAAGUAAUCAGUUGCUUGUAGCAGCAACAGUCACAGCUGUAGCUCGUGGUCCACCAGCUCUGUCCGUGGGCUCACUAUUCAUGUUCGCUGGUGCAGGGAUUUCUAAAGCCAUCGGGUGGUGGAUGAAACCUAAACCUAAAGAACCUAAAGAAAAAGAGAGCUAAGUCAUGCCAAGCCAAACUUCUGAAGUUUGCUUUUUCAUACACUACAUGAUUGAAAAUCCAUAUUUGAUUUUUAUUGUCAAGAUUUUAUUGCACAUCUUCAUUUCUCAACAUUAAUUCAUAAGCUUUGAACAAUAAAUGAACAUAUUUUGACAAAUCUGUAAAUGCUGAUGCUGUACACUGUUAUCCUGAAUAUCAUUUUGUGUGGAGAACACUGGUAAUUUUUUUGUUUGCAACAGUAGAAUAAAGCAAUGUGACGACAAUCU